AUGACAUAUGCAAAGCAAAUUGUGCUCAUAACGGGAGCAAAUCGUGGCAUCGGAUUAAGCCUUUGCAGAGAGUUCAUUGCCAGAGAUUAUCACGUCUUCGGUUCGCUACGCCCAGAGAGCCGUGACGACCCAAGUGCGGCAGAGUUGAGGAAAACAGGAGCGACAGUCAUCGAGUUUGACGUCACUAAUGAAAGCACUAUUGCCGCUGCGUUUGACUCUUGGGGCGAAAAACCUCUCGACAUCUUGAUCAAUAAUGCUGGAGCCCCUCCGCCUCCCAGGAUGUGGGAUAAGGUCACAGCUGAAGCUCUGAUUGACAAGUUUCGUGUCAACGCUGUGGGACCUUUUCUUGUUUCUAAAGCUUUUAUGCCGGCUCUAGAGAAGAGCAUAAGCCCCAAGAUUAUAAACAUAGCCUCAAAUUCGGGCCAGAUCGCCGCAAAUAAAGAUGGAAAAUAUAUGGCAUACAAAGUCUCCAAAGCCGCACUGAACCAAGUCACCAGGUCUCUGGGCAUGCAGAUGGAGAUGACCAAGAGCAAAAUCAUUGUUGCUGGUAUUCAUCCUGGCUGGAUUCCAACGAAACUCACCGGAAUGACUGGGCCAGAUAAGAUGGACGUGCAGGUUCCGAAAAUUGUUGACACAAUUGAGAGCAUGGAAGCCUCGCGAAAUGGCGGGUUCAUGGAUGCCGAAGGAAAUACUAUGGACUUUUAG